UCUAACAAUGGUAUGGGGUAGGUGUGGUUGCGGUAGACGCUAUACUAGCGAAAGCUAGUGUAGUUGUUUCUUGUUGUCUCUGUCUCUGAUUCGUUUUCUGGCAAGUACCUUAUCUAUUCCAAGGAUGCGUUUGCUGAUAUCUCUGCUUUCUCUAGGAUUUUCUCUCUAUUUGGUUGGUUUUGUCUACUGGUGUUGCUCUCUCCGUGGCUUUCAGUGUUCAAUGCUAAUCGUUGCUGGCCUGUUAUUAGUCGAUGAUUUAUUUUCUUAUCUUACUGCCUCGAGAGUAAGGUACGGGGUAUAUAGGCGUUGGUCUGCAGCGGGAAAAAGGGUAGUUGCUGGGAGUUACUGGGAUCCUUCUUUAAUGAUCUGGCAUUCCCCAGUGUAUCGCGGGCCUGGGAAGGUGUCAGUGAAGGAAGUGAGGGAGUACGAGUCAGUUGCCUUCUCGUGGCUACUCCUGUGAGUAACUUCUCUAUGAAGCGAAACUAAAGACUGAUGCCAUUCAUUUUUUGAAAUAAACACAUGUAU